GUUCGGUUGAUAGAGUGGAUUGUGUGGCCAUCAGUCUCCGCACGACCGAAAUAGUUCCGAUAACUGUAUGCAUGUUUUUCACUCGCUGCAAACCAUAAGGUAUUAACGCAAGAGCGCCAAGGAGACUUUAAGACCAUGGCUGGGCUUGUGAUUCGGUCUUCACGAGUAGCAAGCCGUGUCUGCCACAUUGGAAGAAGAUAUGAACAUAGUGCUCAAUGCUUCCCAAAGAUAACCACACAUUACACCAUUCAUCCACGAGACCAGGAUCCCAGGUGGAAAGAUGUGGACAUGGAGCGUGUCUCAGAUGAGACGGACGUGCUGAUUGUGGGCGGCGGUCCCGCCGGGAUGUCUGCCGCCAUCCGUCUGAAGCAGCUGGCCGCCGACAAGGGAGAGGACAUCAAAGUCACCGUUGUCGAGAAGGCGCCUGAAAUCGGCGGCCACAUCCUGUCGGGCGCGUGCCUGGAGCCUCUGGCGCUCGACGAGCUGAUCCCAGACUGGGAGGUGCGCGGCGCGCCGCUCAACACGCCCGUCACCGAGGACAAGUUCGCCCUGCUGACGGCCACCGGCCGGCUGCCGAUCCCCAUCCUGCCCGGCUUUCCGAUGCGCAACCACGGCAACUACGUGGUGCGGCUGGGCCACCUGGUGCGCUGGCUGGGAGAGCAGGCCGAGGAGCUGGGCGUGGACGUGUACCCCGGCACGGCUGCCGCCGAGCUGCUCUUCAACGGCGACGGCUCGGUGCGCGGCGUGGCCACCAGCGACCUCGGCGUCGGCAAGGACGGCGCGCCCAAGGACUCGUUCGAGCGCGGCAUGGAACUGCACGCCAAGUGCACCAUCUUCGCCGAGGGCUGCCACGGCCACCUGGCCAAGCAGCUGAUGGCGCGCUACAGCCUGCGCGACGCCGCCCAGCCGCAGACGUACGGCAUCGGGCUGAAGGAGCUGUGGGAGGUGUCGCCGGACGUGCACCGGCCCGGACGCGUCGAGCACACCGUCGGCUGGCCGCUGGACAUCCACACGUACGGCGGCUCGUUCCUGUACCACCUGAAGGACGAGACGCCGUUAGUGGCGAUCGGCUUCGUGAUCGGGCUCGAUUACACCAACCCCUACCUGAGCCCGUUCAAGGAGUUCCAGCGCUUCAAGCACCACCCGUCCAUCGCCCGAACGCUUGAGGGCGGCACCAGGAUCGGGUACGGCGCACGCGCCCUGAACGAGGGCGGCCUGCAAAGCGUACCGAAGCUGACGUUCCCCGGCGGCUGCCUGGUCGGCUGCAGCGCCGGCUUCAUGAACGUGCCCAAGAUCAAGGGCACGCACAACGCCAUGAAGAGCGCCAUGAUCGCUGCGGAGAGCGUGUUCGACGCCAUCCAGGCGGGCGACACGGAGACCGAAGGUGUGAACCCGGUCAGUUACGAAGAGCGAAUCCGCAGUUCACGGGUCUGGCAGGAGCUGGUGUCGGUCCGCAACGUCAGGCCCUCGUUCCACUCACCGCUCGGCCUGUACGGCGGCCUGGCGUACACUGGACUCUUCUACGUCCUCGGCCGCGGCAAGGAACCGUGGACGCUCAAACACCCCGGCGCCGACUACGCCUUGCUGAAGCCGGCGCAGGAGUGCCAGCAGAUCGAGUACCCGAAGCCGGACGGCAAGCUCAGCUUCGAUCUGCUCGGCUCGGUGGCUCUGACAGGCACCAACCACGAGGGUGACCAGCCGCCGCACCUGACGCUGCGAGACGACGCGGUGCCGGUGAAGCAGAACCUGAGCGUGUUCGACGGCCCCGAGGGCCGCUUCUGCCCGGCAGGCGUGUACGAGUACGUGCCGACCGAGGACGAGCAGGGCCAGCGGCUCCAGAUCAACGCCCAGAACUGCAUCCACUGCAAGACGUGCGACAUCAAAGACCCCAGCCAGAACAUCAACUGGGUGACGCCCGAGGGCGGCGGCGGCCCCUCCUACAACGGCAUGUGAGCGGCCGUGGUCGCCGGCAGUGCGCGAGGAUAGGGCGCGGCUCGGCGCCACCCCUCCACGGCUGGUCUCAAGACGUCCUCGUGUGACGAGGUCGACGGCAGGACCACCGGUCGGGGGCUGUUCGUCUGCGUGAGGAGCAGAGAGCCACCGAGAUUUGCGCGUGGGUGCGCCCGCAACAGUUCAAAACGGCCCGAGUAUCGCUCACCGUGGGCUGCGUUGUUUACAAGGGCCUGGUAAUGGGGGGACCGAUACGACCAGUUGUUGCAGAUGAGUAACGUCUCCUGAAGAUACGAUUUCAUUUGCUUUCCAAUCCAGUAUUGGCUUCCAGAGCGCAGGACCUCAGUUCAGUCAAACGAUUCUCGUCACUCUGCCAGUCGUAGCGGCCCCAGUCCAUAAGUGAUACAGACACGUCCUCGGCGGUUUAACUGCUGGCCCAGCUGUGUCCCGGCCGCGCCAUCUCUCUGCCCGGUACUUUGUCGUAGACUCGUGCCUGGGGUGGGUGUCCCGCGCGCGACCAUCGCCGGUCGCCGUGGACCGACAAGGCGGUGCAAUGCAUGUUAUGGGACGCUUGGUGGGUGCUUGGUCGUUAGUGGUCCUGUGAUAACGAAUGGUGUGUUACCAGACAAAUAUAAUGAGACAUGGU